AUGAGGCAGCUCGAAGUGUUCAUUGUUGAGGGCAAUCGGUUCACUGGUCCAAUACCGAGUUUGAUAUCUAAUUUGACUCGGUUAGCUAACCUUCAAAUUGGGGGCAAUCUCCUAACCGGAACUAUCCCUUUAGAGUUUGGCAAUCUCAAGUUGGUUGUUCUGAACGUCAGCGGCAACAAUCUCUCUGGAACCAUCCCAGAUAUUUUCCAAUCCAUGCCUGAUCUCCGAUCUCUCGUUCUCUCUCGCAACAGAUUCUCUGGGGAACUUCCUCCGUCGAUUGCAUUACUCCCUCCAGUUCUAACGUUCCUUGAGUUGGGCCAGAACAAUCUCUGGGGGACGUUUCCGAGCUAUUUGUCGAGAUUCAAAGAGCUCCAAGUAUUGGAUCUCUCCAAGAAUCGGUUCUCAGGAGUCGUGCCGAAUAAUUCAGCCAAGCUGACUAAAAUUGCUAAUAUUGAUCUCUCAAAAUCUUCUAACAGGUCUGCUAAACUAUAA